CUUGAAAGCAAGGCAAAUUCACAUUUAGAGUUUACCAAGAUUUGGACAUUUUAGUUCAAAAGAAGAUAGUAAGCUGCAAACGCCCCUAAGGAUAUUCAUUACAUGAAUUACAAAGAAAAGAAAGGACCCAGUAGAGGCCAGAGAGUAGGCUGAAGAAGCUGUUGGAAUUUCAAAGUGCGACACGUGUGUAAACCAUGACGUCCAACAUUACUGACAUUAAAAAGUCAGUAUCAAAUAGUACAGAAUCACAAUCUUCUUGCCUUCAGAUCGCUGAGUAUACAAUUUUCACCGCCAUUUUUCUUAUCAGUGUGGCAGGAAAUAUUCUUGUCUGCCUGGUAAUAUUAAAAACGCCACGCAUGCGCACUACAAGAAACUACCUCUUGGUAAACUUGGCUGUAUCUGAUUUGACCAUGUCACUUCUGUGCAUACCAUUUGACGUCGCACUGAAGAUAACAUCUCCACUCUGGCCUUUGGGAUCCACCAUGUGUAACAUCCUGUGGCCCGCCAUGACUUUGGUCACCAACUGCUCUGCCGCAACACUGGCCGCCAUAAGUUUAGACCGAUACCGAGCCGUCGUUCAUCCUUGGAAGCCGCGUUUCACAUCACUCCAAACAUCUAUCAUCAUUGUAGUCACGUGGUCUGUAUCAUUCAUACUCGUGAUGCCAUACGCGCUGGUUCUUAAAAUUCAAGAUGGCUAUUGUGCAGAGGAUUGGCCUCAUCCAGCGGCUGUAAAGGCAUACACAGUAGGUUUGUUUAUUUUCCAAUAUGCCCUGCCGCUUGUUAUAAUAACUUUUGCCUAUACGAUGGUGGGGAGGAAAUUGCGUCACCAAGCUGCUCGCAUUGCAAGGAAUCGUUACGCCAGUGGCGUCCUCGUGGUAGGUUACAGUUCAGUGCAGAACAAUUGUCAGCACAACGCGAUUAGUGAAGGUUAUUCCGUAUCGUCCCCAAGUGUAGCACGUGCUUCUGAAUUCCAAAAAACGUUCAGUGAUCCUGCGAAACGAGAACUAGUUCCGCUAAAGUUUGACAAGACGCCAAGCGACAAAAAAGAAGUGAAGAGGCUGGAACGCAACACGAAGAUCAUGAAGAUGCUGGUGAUGGUUGUCCUACUGUAUGCCAUAUGUCUCUUGCCUAACCAAGUCGUUUGGCUUUGCUAUGAGUUUGGUAACUUACAGAACUGGCCACACUUCAGCAAGCUUCUGACUUUCGGCAGUAUUAUGGUAUAUAUCAACAGCUGUGUGAAUCCAUUGUUGUAUGCUGGCAUGAAUGAAGACUUCAGGAAAGGUUUCUGCAGGAUUCUGCGCUGCAAAUGGAAGCCUCCCCUUACGUCACAAGUAUGAUAAAUUUCUGUUAUUUCCAGCACAGAAAAAUCGACGGUAAAGCUCAGGAAAAAAUUCCGAUGUAAGAAAAAAAUUCAAAGCACAUAAACACCAUUUUCUUUCAACUAUAAGAGCGUAAAAAGUUUAUAAGUAAUCUGUGCUGUUCAGUUCUACUAUUACGCCUUUUAGCGUAAGGUAGAAAUGCCAUUAUUUUAAGGUCAACUGAUGGCCUGUCACAAUCGCUUGAAGAGAUGGGCUAUGUCACAGAAUUAUGAAGAUAUUUUUGGUUCAGAGUAUAGUCUGGAGUGUCAAUUAGAGAUGUGGAUCAUGGACAGUGCUUGUUUAAUACACCAUUGGGGGGCUGUACCAGAUCCAAAGUGGCGGAAUUUUUAGAAAAUAUUUUCCGGUCUCUUAAAUGCGAAAUCUCUUUUAUCUGUUUCAACUCGGGAUUCAAAAUGCGAUUAGAAAUAACCGUUUUCUUUCCUAAGACAUCAUGUAAAUUCUGAAAUACUAGACAAGACGAUGCUAAGAAUUUUAUAAAAUAGCGAUUGUGAGUAAUGCGUUAUAAGUCCUCAGGUGUUUAGGUUGAUCAUACCCAUGAUCGGCCUGGGGCGGGGGGCAUACCCCUCACGAGCUAGAGCACUACGGUAUAAUUAUUUCUGAAAAUUAAUUGAUAAAACAUUUGAUGUUAUACUCAAGCAAAUAAGUGUAAAAGAACGAAUGUGAAAAAAAAAGAGAACAAUCUUGUCCAACCGAGAUUCAGUUGUGCUUUUUUACAGAAUUAAAUAUAAAUCGUAAAGUAAAACGUUUCUAGGGGUCAAAGAGCUUCAUAAAAAAUGUUCAUAAUAUCAUCUAUAUCAUUAGUCGUGAUGAAAUAAAAUAAGGUUAUUGU